CUAACUGCUACUGCACCCAAACAAGACUUUCUGUCGUAUCGCCCAGUUACUGGUAUUUACUUCUGUCUUAAAAAUAUAACAGCGUCUGGACUUGGCUGAUUCCAAAGCACAGCUAUGUGCAGCUGUGUGCGGAGCUCCAGGGCUCUGUCCCCUGUCCUGCUCCCCAGGCUGCUGCUUCCCCACACGGGGUACAGGUUGGCUGGCAGGGGCAUCUGGACCUCACCCCACUGCAUGGCUGUCAGUGGAGACUCCCAGCUGCUCCCACUGCCCAGCCAGGCCCGAGUGGUGAUCUGUGGAGGAGGUAUUGUGGGAACAUCAGUGGCUUACCACCUGGCCAAACUUGGCUGGACUGAUAUUGUGCUUCUGGAGCAAGGCAGACUUGGUGCAGGAACAACCAGACUAUGUGCUGGCAUUGUCAGCGUGGCCAAGCCUAUUUCCAUUGAGUGUCAAAUGGCCAAUUACUCCAAUAGUCUUUACCAGCAGCUGGAGGAGGAGACAGGGAUCAAAACAGGCUAUGUGAAGACAGGGUCUUUGUGUCUGGCUCAAAAUCAGGAUCGCUUCAUCUCGCUGAAGCGCCUGGCAUCCCGACUAAAGGUAAUGGGGAUCAGCUGUAACAUCAUUAAACCUAAGGAGGUGGCCAAACUCCACCCUCUUGUUAACAUCCAUGACCUGGUAGGGGCACUCCACCUCCCUGCUGAUGCCGUGGUGUCUCCUCCUGAAGUGAACCAUGCCAUGGCUGUGGCUGCUGCUGGACAAGGGGUUCAGAUUCUGGAGCGGACCAGUGUUCAGCAGGUUCUGGUGGAGAAGGGUCAUGUGAUGGCGGUGGAGACUGACCGGGGUUCCAUUGAAUGUGAAUAUUUUGUCAACUGUGCUGGACAGUGGGCUUAUGAGCUGGGCCAGGCUAGUGAGAUGAAGGUGUCGGUUCCUCUUCACGGCUGUGAACACUUCUACCUCCUCACAAAACCUCUCCAGGACCCACUUCCACCCAGCACUCCAGUGGUGAUUGAUAUGGAUGGCAGGAUAUAUGCACGGCCAUGGCAGGGAGGCCUUCUGUCAGGAGGCUUUGAGAAGAACCCCAAACCCAUCUUCACUGAGGGCCGCAACCAGCUGGAGAUCCAGAACAUGCAGGAGGACUGGGACCACUUUGAGCCAAUGCUCAGUGCUCUGCUGAGGAGAAUGCCUGGUCUAGAGUCAGCGGAGAUCCAUCAGCUGGUGAACUGUCCGGAGUCCUUCACCCCUGAUAUGCGCUGUCUGAUGGGAGAGACGCCGGGUGUCUCAGGCUACUACGUGCUGGCUGGGAUGAACUCCUCCGGUCUGGCUUUUGCUGGAGGAGCUGGCAAGUACCUGGCAGAGUGGAUGACCUAUGGUUACCCCACUGCCAACGUCUGGCCACUGGACAUCAAACGCUUUGGUAAUCUGCAGAGCAGCCGAACCUUCUUGAGACAUAGAGUAAUGGAAGUCAUGCCUCUGCUGUAUGAACUGAAGGUUCCUCGCUGGGACUUUCAGACUGGGCGUCAGCUAAGGACCAGCCCUCUAUAUGACCGUCUGGACACCCAGGGAGCACGCUGGAUGGAAAAACAUGGCUUUGAAAGACCCAAAUACUUUGUUCCUCCAGGGAAAGAUCUGCUGUCUCUGGACCAGAGUAAGACCUUCUACAAACCAGACUGGUUCGAUAUCGUUGGAGCAGAAGUGAAAUGCUGCAAAGAGGCUGUCUGUGUCAUUGACAUGUCCUCCUUCACCAAGUUUGAACUGACUUCCACAGGAGACCAGGCCCUGGAGCUGCUGCAACAUCUGUGUGCCAAUGACCUGGAUGUUCCUGUUGGACACAUUGUCCACACCGGCAUGUUGAAUGAGAGGGGAGGUUAUGAGAAUGACUGCAGUGUGGUCCGCCUCAGCAAGAACAGCUUUUUCAUCAUCUCCCCGACAGACCAGCAGGUCCACUGCUGGUCCUGGAUAAAGAAACACAUGCCCAAUGACCCACACCUUCACCUAGAGGAUGUCAGCUGGAAGUACACAGCUUUGAAUCUUAUUGGACCCCGUGCAAUGGAUGUUUUGGCUGAGCUGUCAUAUGUUUCCAUGACGCCCGACCACUUCCCGUCUAUGUUCUGUAAGGAGAUGAGUGUGGGCUAUGCCAAUGGGAUCAGAGUGAUGAGUAUGACUCAUACUGGAGAACCAGGCUUCAUGCUCUACGUCCCCAUAGAGUACGCGCUGCAUGUGUACAAUGAGGUGAUGUCAGUGGGUCAGAAGUAUGGGAUUCGUAACGCAGGGUACUACGCACUGCGCAGCCUACGGAUAGAGAAGUUCUUUGCCUUCUGGGGUCAGGACCUCGAUGCUUUCACCACCCCACUGGAGUGUGGACGAGAGUUCAGGGUUAAGUUUGACAAGGACACAGACUUCCUGGGUCGUGAGGCGUUGCUGCAGCAGCGUCAGGAUGGCGUGUUCCGACGGUUCGUCAUGCUGGUUCUUGAGGAUCACGACACUGAGCUGGACCUGUGGCCGUGGUGGGGGGAGCCCAUCUACCGUAACAAUCAUCUGGCUGGGACGACCACCAGCAGCGCCUACAGCUACACCUUGGAGCGCCACGUCUGCCUUGGCUUUGUAUCUCCACCACCAGGCGAAGAGGGGCUCCCCACACCCAUCACUCCGGACUUCAUCAACCGUGGGGACUAUGAGGUGGACAUUGCUGGCCAGCGCUACCCGGCCAAAGCCAAACUCUACCCCUUCAGCUCCCUCUUCACCCAACAAAAACGCCGCAAGGAAGACAUGGAGCUCAGCAACCUCCAGGGGAAGUGAUGCAGAGUAAUAGAAAACCCUCCAGUAGCCUCAGCAGGGGCUUCUGUGAUACUCCUCCAGUUCACCAAAUCCACUCCUGCACUUACCCCGCAGUGCCAACCUAUCUUCCCUUUUCUGGCUCCUAAUCAGAGGGCUGUUUGCACUAUUACUCCUUGUCCCCCCAAUAUUUAACAUCCACGUUGCAUCGCUCUCUUUCGAAGUGCAAUAUUUAACAGGCAUCAGAUGCCUGAGCUAUAUCAAAUACAGUUAUUAAAGUCUGCAGUUCCUUUUCAGCCCUGCCCUGCUAUACACUGUAAACACACUCCCCACAGUCUCAAAGGCUGCUUUACUGGGACAGUCUAUGGUUAAGUGCCUUUGUCAAGGCAACAUGAACACUAGCUGUUGAGAACUUAUUCACUUUGUUCACUUUAACCCAUCCGGAAGGGGUUUUGAAUGACAAUCUUUUCCAGUAGUGCUCCAGUCACUGUAACGCUUCACACUGCAUGGUCUGGAAAAGUCUGAAAGAAAGUCAGCGCUGAUUUGCAAAUGCCUACACAGUCACUGUAGAUGUUGACUCUGUUGUCAUUUUUCAAAUUGUAAAUUUGCUGCUGUAAAGAAAAUGAGUGAUCUGAUGUGAUGCGUGUCAGCCCCACUACAUUAUACUUGACAAUGAAGGAACAUAUCCUGGAAAGGCCUGGAAAAGCCAUGAGAAAGCAUUAAGAGGCCUGAUAUAAUCAUUAGUAAACCAUUGUUUACCCCCCCCCCCCCCCCC